GGCGGUCCGGGCAGGGGGCUAAGAGGCCACCCCCAGCCCGAGACAGCCCAGCACCCGAGUCUGGAGCCCGGAGGGGUGGGGAGACGCCGCGCCCGGGGCUGGACUGGAGAGAGAGGGGGAUGGCUCCUCCCCUGCCCCAGCAGCCGUCGGUCGGGGCGCGGGGCUGGGCGCCGCGGGAGCCGCAGCCUUUUCCGGGGGGCGGUCCCGGCGACGGCGGCAGCGCCCCGGCUCCUGCCCCGACAGGUGCGCGCCGCGCUCAGGAAUGCGGCCGGCCUGACUCACCAGUGCCUCCUUCCUACCUGCCGCCCGCCCCAUAAAGCGGCCCCCUCCUGCCGCCCGCCGCCGCCCUCCCUGCAGCCCGCCCUCCGGACAGUCCCGGCUCGCCCGCGCGCGCCUGCAGCCGGAGUCGCCGAGCGGAGCCCAGCGCAGGGAGGGCGCAAGUCCGCCCAAGGAGGAAGAGGAUGGCAGGGCUGCAUCCCAGCCCAUGGACCAGGCUGCUGCUGGCAGCCCUGCUGAGUGUGAGCUUCCCUGGGGACAUGGCCAACAGCUGCAAGAAGGCCCAGGUGAAGAGCUGCACCGAGUGCAUCCGUGUGGCCAAGGACUGCGCCUACUGCACCGACGAGAUGUUCAAGGAACGACGCUGCAACACCCAGACAGAGCUGCUGGCUGCGGGCUGCCGGCUGGAGAGUGUGGUGGUCAUGGAGAGCAGCUUUGAGAUCACAGAGGAGACCCAGAUCGACACCACCCUGCUACGCAGCCAGGUGUCCCCCCAGGGGCUGCGGGUCCGCCUGCGGCCGGGUGAAGAGCGGCACUUUGAGCUGGAGGUGUUUGAGCCCCGGGAGAGCCCCGUGGACCUGUAUAUCCUCAUGGACUUCUCCAACUCCAUGUCCGACGAUCUGGACAAUCUCAAGAAGAUGGGGCAGAACCUGGCCAAGGUCCUGAAGCAGCUCACCAGCGACUACACUAUUGGAUUUGGCAAAUUUGUGGACAAAGUCAGCGUCCCUCAGACAGACAUGAGGCCUGAGAAGCUGAAGGAGCCCUGGCCCAACAGUGACCCCCCCUUCUCCUUCAAGAACGUCAUCAGCCUGACGGAAGAUGUGGACGAGUUCCAGAGUAAACUGCAGGGAGAACGGAUCUCAGGCAACCUGGAUGCCCCUGAAGGAGGUUUUGAUGCCAUCCUGCAGACAGCCGUAUGCACGAGGGACAUCGGCUGGCGCCCCGACAGCACCCACCUGCUGGUGUUCUCCACCGAGUCGGCCUUCCACUACGAGGCUGACGGUGCCAAUGUGCUGGCCGGCAUCAUGAGCCGCAACGAUGAGACGUGCCACCUGGACGCCACGGGCACCUACACCCACUACAAGAUGCAGGACUACCCGUCAGUGCCCACCCUGGUGCGCCUGCUUGGCAAACACAACAUUAUCCCCAUCUUCGCCGUCACCAACUACUCCUAUAGCUACUACGAGAAGCUGCACACGUAUUUCCCUGUCUCCUCACUGGGGGUGCUACAGGAGGACUCGUCCAACAUCGUGGAUCUGCUGGAGGAGGCCUUCGACCGCAUUCGCUCCAACCUGGACAUCCGGGCCCUGGAAAGCCCCCGAGGCCUGAGGACAGAGGUCAACUCCAAGAUAUUCCAGAAGACCAACACAGGGUCCUUUCACAUCCGGCGAGGGGAAGUGGGCACAUACCACGUGCAGCUGCGGGCCAUUGAGAAGCUGGAUGGGACACACGUGUGCCAGCUUCCAAUAGAGGAUCAGAAGGGCAACAUCCAUCUGAAACCCUCCUUCUCCGAUGGCCUCAAGAUUGACGUGGGCAUCAUCUGUGAUGUGUGCUCCUGUGAGCUGCAAAAAGAGGUGCGGUCAGCUCACUGCAGCUUCAACGGAGACUUCAUGUGUGGACACUGCAUGUGCAAUGAGGGCUGGAGUGGCAAGACCUGUAACUGCUCCACCGGCUCGCUGAGCGACACGCAGCCUUGCCUGCGGGAGGGCGAGGACAAGCCGUGCUCGGGGCGAGGCGAGUGCCAGUGCGGGCACUGUGUGUGCUAUGGCGAAGGCCGCUAUGAGGGUCAGUUCUGUGAGUACGACAACUUCCAGUGUCCCCGCACCUCCGGAUUCCUCUGCAACGACCGAGGACGCUGCAUCAUGGGCCAGUGUGUGUGUGAGCCUGGCUGGACAGGCUCGAGCUGUGACUGUCCUCUCAGCAAUGCCACCUGCAUCGACAGCAAUGGGGGCAUCUGUAAUGGGCGUGGCCACUGCGAGUGUGGCCGCUGCCACUGCAACCAGCAGUCGCUCUACACGGACACCAUCUGCCAGAUCAACCACUCAGCGAUCCGCCUGGGCCUCUGCGAGGACCUGCGCUCCUGCGUGCAGUGCCAGGCCUGGGGCACCGGUGAGAAGAAGGGGCGCAUGUGCGAUGAGUGCAGCUUUAAGAUCAAGAUGGUGGACGAGCUUAAGAAAGCAGAGGAGGUGGUGGAGUACUGCUUCUUCCGGGACGAGGAUGACGACUGUACCUACAGCUACACCGUGGAGGGCGACGGCACCCCCGGGCCCAACAGCACCGUCCUGGUGCACAAGAAGAAGGACUGCCCUCCCGCCUCCUUCUGGUGGCUCAUCCCCCUGCUCAUCUUCCUCCUGCUGCUCCUGGCCCUGCUGCUGCUGCUCUGCUGGAAGUACUGUGCCUGCUGCAAGGCCUGCCUGGCACUUCUCCCUUGCUGCAACCGAGGUCACAUGGUGGGUUUCAAGGAAGACCAUUACAUGCUGCGGGAGAACCUGAUGGCCUCGGACCACCUGGACACGCCCAUGCUGCGCAGCGGGAACCUCAAGGGGCGUGACACAGUCCGCUGGAAGAUCACCAACAACGUACAGCGGCCUGGCUUCGCCACCCACGUGGCCAGCACCAACCCCACGGAGCUGGUGCCCUAUGGGCUGUCCCUGCGCCUCGCCCGCCUUUGCACCGAGAACCUGCUGAAGCCUGACACUCGAGAAUGUGACCAGCUGCGCCAGGAGGUGGAGGAGAAUCUGAACGAGGUGUACAGACAGAUCACAGGCGCACACAAGCUCCAGCAGACCAAGUUCCGGCAGCAGCCCAAUGCUGGAAAAAAGCAGGACCACACCAUUGUGGACACGGUGCUGAUGGCGCCGCGCUCGGCCAAGCAGACCCUGCUGAAGCUGACGGAGAAGCAUGUGGAGCAGGGGGCCUUCCAUGAGCUCAAGGUGGCCCCCGGCUACUACACCCUCACUGCAGACCAGGACGCCCGGGGCAUGGUGGAGUUCCAGGAGGGCGUGGAGCUGGUGGACGUGCGGGUGCCCCUCUUCAUCCGGCCUGAGGACGACGACGAGAAGCAGCUGCUGGUGGAGGCCAUUGACGUACCCGUGGGCACUGCCACCCUCGGCCGCCGCCUGGUAAACAUCACCAUCAUCAAGGAGCAAGCCAGCGGGAUAGUGUCCUUUGAGCAGCCCGAGUACUUGGUCAGCGGCGGGGAGCAAGUGGCCCGCAUUCCCGUCGUCCGACGCAUCCUGGACAACGGCAAGUCCCAGGUCUCCUACCGCACGCAGGACAACACAGCACAGGGCAACCGGGACUACAUUCCUGUGGAGGGCGAGCUGCUGUUCCAGCCUGGGGAGACCUGGAAGGAGCUGCAGGUGAAGCUUCUGGAGCUGCAGGAAAUGGACUCCCUCCUGCGGGGCCGCCAGACCCGCCGCUUCCACAUCCAACUCAUCAACCCCAAGUUUGGGGCCCGCCUGGGCCAGCCCCACUCAGCCACUGUCAUCAUUGGGGACCCAGAUGAACUGGACCGAAACUUAAUAAGCCAGACCGUGUCCUUACUCCCACCCCCCCGUGGUGACCUGGGCGCCCCACAGAACCCCAAUGCCAAGGCCGCUGGGUCCCGGAAGAUCCAUUUCAACUGGUUGCCCCCUCCUGGCAAGCCCACAGGGUACAGGGUGAAGUACUGGAUCCAGGGUGACUCCGAGUUGGAAGCCCACCUGCUCGACAGCAAGGUACCCUCGGUGGAGCUCACCAACCUGUACCCAUAUUGCGACUAUGAGAUGAAGGUGUGCGCCUAUGGGGCGCAGGGCGAGGGCCCCUACAGCUCCCUGGUGUCCUGCCGCACCCACCAGGAAGUACCCAGUGAGCCAGGGCGGCUGGCCUUCAACGUUGUCUCCUCCACGGUGACCCAGCUGAGCUGGGCGGAGCCGGCCGAGACCAACGGGGAGAUCACGGCCUAUGAGGUCUGCUACGGCCUGGUCAACGAGGACAACCGACCCAUCGGGCCCAUGAAGAAGGUGCUGGUGGACAGCCCCAAGAAGCGGACGCUGCUCAUUGAGAACCUGCGGGAGUCCCAGCCGUACCGCUACACGGUGAAGGCGCGCAACGGGGCAGGCUGGGGGCCCGAGCGGGAGGCCAUCAUCAACCUGGCCACCCAGCCCAAGCGGCCCAUGUCCAUCCCCAUCAUCCCAGACAUCCCCAUCGUGGAUGCCCAGAGUGGGGAAGACUAUGAAAGCUUCCUCAUGUACAGCGAUGAUGUCCUGCGCUCCCCGGCUGGCAGCCAGAGGCCCAGCGUCUCCGACGACACUGGCGGCGGCUGGAAGUUCGAGCCCCUGCUGGGGGAGGAGCUGGACCUGCGGCGCGUCACGUGGCGGCUGCCCCCGGAGCUCAUCCCGCGCCUGUCGGCCAGCAGCGGGCGCUCCUCCGACGCCGCCGAGCCGCCCCGCGGGCCCCCGGAUGACGGCGCCGACGGGGGCGCGGGGGGCGCAGGCGGGGAGGGCGGCGGCCUGGCCCGCGGCGCCACGCCCGGGCCCCCCGGAGAGCACCUGGUGAAUGGGCGGAUGGACUAUGCCUUCCCUGGCAGCGCCAACUCCCUACACAGGAUGACCGCAGCCAACGCCACCUACGGCACCCACCUGAGCCCACACCUGCCCCACCGCGUGCUGAGCACGUCCUCCACCCUCACGCGGGACUACCACUCUCUGACCCGCACAGAACACUCACACUCGGCCACGCUGCCCAGGGACUACUCCACCCUCACCUCCCUCUCCUCCCACAGCUCCCGCUUGGCUGCUGGUGUGCCCAACACACCCACCCGCCUGGUGUUCUCAGCCCUGGGACCCACGUCUCUGAAAGUGAGCUGGCAGGAACCACAGUGUGAGCAGGCGCUGCAGGGCUACAGCGUGGAGUACCAGCUGCUGAAUGGCGGUGAGCUGCAUCGACUCAACAUCCCCAACCCCAGCCAGACCUCCGUGGUGGUGGAAGACCUUCUGCCCAACCACUCCUACGUGUUCCGCGUGCGGGCCCAGAGCCAGGAAGGCUGGGGCCCAGAGCGCGAGGGUGUCAUCACCAUUGAGUCACAGGUGCACCCCCAGAGCCCACUCUGCCCCCUGCCAGGCUCCACCUUCACUUUAAGCACGCCCAGUGCCCCGGGCCCACUGGUGUUCACUGCCCUGAGCCCAGACUCACUGCAGCUGAGCUGGGAGCGGCCACGCAGGCCCGAUGGGGAUAUCCUUGGCUACCUGGUGACCUGUGAGAUGGCCCACGGAGGAGAGCCAGCUACCACGUUCCUGGUGGAUGGCGACAGCCCUGAGAGCCGGCUGACUGUGCCGGGCCUCAGCGAGAAUGUGCCCUACAAGUUCAAGGUGCAGGCCAAGACCACCCAAGGCUUCGGGCCAGAGCGUGAGGGUAUCAUCACCAUCGAGUCCCAGGAUGGAGGCCCCUUCCCACAGCUGGGCAGCCACUCCGGGCUCUUCCAGCACCCACUGCCAGGCGAGUACAGCAGUAUCACUACCACCCACACCAGCACCAUUGAACCCUUCCUGCUGGACGGACUGACCCUGGGCUCCCAGCAUUUGGAAGCUGGUGGCUCCCUCACUCAGCAUGUGACCCAGGAGUUUGUGAGCCGGACGCUGACCACCAGUGGAACACUCAACACCCAAGUGGACCAACAGUUCUUCCAGACCUGAGCCCCCCACCGCCACCUAGCAGUGUCCUGGAACCUGGGCCCCCUCCCUGCCUCCCCUCCCUGGCGCUGCCUCAGCUACUCCAUCCUGGGACCCCUGGCGGCGCAGCCCACCCGCAUGCUGACCUCAGGGCCAACGCCUCUGGCCACAGAGUACGGGGCAGUGUCCCCAGAGGCAUGAAGGGGGCAGAGGUCCCAGAAGGCCCUUCUAGCAAUCCCCCACCCCCUGGGCCCAAGCCCAUUUGUAACCAAAGAGCUGGGAGCAGCAUGACAAGGACCCAGCUUUGUUCUGCACUUAAUACAAGAUUUGCUACCA